AUGACGCCGGAUGACUUGUCGCCCAUGAACCCCGUUCUGGAAGAGGAGGGGCUGCGGGCUGCGAUUCAAGCCGUGCUCUCCCUGCCCAUCCCCCCCACGCCUUUUGAGGCGCCUCAAAAGGCUGCGCUUCAAGCCGUGCUCUCCCUGCCCAUCCCCCCCACGCCUUUUGAGGCGCCUCAAAAGGCUGCGCUUCAAGCCGUGCUCUCCCUGCCCAUCCCCCCCACGCCUUUUGAGGCGCCUCAAAAGGCUGCGCUUCAAGCCGUGCUCUCCCUGCCCAUCCCCCCCACGCCUUUUGAGGCGCCUCAAAAGGCUGCGCUUCAAGCCGUGCUCUCCCUGCCCAUCCCCCCCACGCCUUUUGAGGCGCCUCAAAAGGCUGCGCUUCAAGCCGUGCUCUCCCUGCCCAUCCCCCCCACGCCUUUUGAGGCGCCUCAAAAGGCUGCGCUUCAAGCCGUGCUCUCCCUGCCCAUCCCCCCCACGCCUUUUGAGGCGCCUCAAAAGGCUGCGCUUCAAGCCGUGCUCUCCCUGCCCAUCCCCCCCACGCCUUUUGAGGCGCCUCAAAAGGCUGCGCUUCAAGCCGUGCUCUCCCUGCCCAUCCCCCCCACGCCUUUUGAGGCGCCUCAAAAGGCUGCGCUUCAAGCCGUGCUCUCCCUGCCCAUCCCCCCCACGCCUUUUGAGGCGCCUCAAAAGGCUGCGCUUCAAGCCGUGCUCUCCCUGCCCAUCCCCCCCACGCCUUUUGAGGCGCCUCAAAAGGCUGCGCUUCAAGCCGUGCUCUCCCUGCCCAUCCCCCCCACGCCUUUUGAGGCGCCUCAAAAGGCUGCGCUUCAAGCCGUGCUCUCCCUGCCCAUCCCCCCCACGCCUUUUGAGGCGCCUCAAAAGGCUGCGCUUCAAGCCGUGCUCUCCCUGCCCAUCCCCCCCACGCCUUUUGAGGCGCCUCAAAAGGCUGCGCUUCAAGCCGUGCUCUCCCUGCCCAUCCCCCCCACGCCUUUUGAGGCGCCUCAAAAGGCUGCGCUUCAAGCCGUGCUCUCCCUGCCCAUCCCCCCCACGCCUUUUGAGGCGCCUCAAAAGGCUGCGCUUCAAGCCGUGCUCUCCCUGCCCAUCCCCCCCACGCCUUUUGAGGCGCCUCAAAAGGCUGCGCUUCAAGCCGUGCUCUCCCUGCCCAUCCCCCCCACGCCUUUUGAGGCGCCUCAAAAGGCUGCGCUUCAAGCCGUGCUCUCCCUGCCCAUCCCCCCCACGCCUUUUGAGGCGCCUCAAAAGGCUGCGCUUCAAGCCGUGCUCUCCCUGCCCAUCCCCCCCACGCCUUUUGAGGCGCCUCAAAAGGCUGCGCUUCAAGCCGUGCUCUCCCUGCCCAUCCCCCCCACGCCUUUUGAGGCGCCUCAAAAGGCUGCGCUUCAAGCCGUGCUCUCCCUGCCCAUCCCCCCACGCCUUUUGAGGCGCCUCAAAAGGCUGCGCUUCAAGCCGUGCUCUCCCUGCCCAUCCCCCCCACGCCUUUUGAGGCGCCUCAAAAGGCUGCGCUUCAAGCCGUGCUCUCCCUGCCCAUCCCCCCCACGCCUUUUGAGGCGCCUCAAAAGGCUGCGCUUCAAGCCGUGCUCUCCCUGCCCAUCCCCCUCACGCCACUCCCACCAGGUGGACUUUGAGCCUGAGUACAUCACACCGAACGACUUCUCCCCGAUCAACCCGCUGCUGGCGGAGGAGGAGGAGAAGCAGCAGGCGGGUGAGGGGCCGUCGCUGGAGGAGGUGAUGGUGGCGGCCAAGGCAGAGCUGAUGGCGCUGACGGGCAUGGAGAGCGAGGAAGAAUUCCAGUCCGCCCUGCAAAGCUGCCUCUCCCGUGGCGAUGAGCUCGAAGCCCUGGUGGAGCUGUACGCGGGGCCGCAGCGAAUGACAGCGCUGCAGGAGAACAAGGCGCUGCAGGAAGCCGCGGAGAAGCUUCCUGCCGGCGUGUCCCCACAGGCCGUGGCGUUCACCAAGCGCGCCCUGCUCACCCUGCAGAACAACCCAUCGUGGUCGUUUGCACAGAAGCAGAAGAUGAUCGGCAGCAUUGUGAGGGGGUUCUCAUCCUCGCUUGGAUGA